AUGGAAACCCUAGAAGACGAACAAUCAACGAUUACAUAUGAUCGAUCCAAAAAUUCAUUCCCUGAGGAACUCAUCGAAGAUAUCCUUUCCAGACUCCUCGUGAAAUCCAUCCUCCGAUUCAAAUCUGUCUCUAAACCAUGGCUCUCUCUCAUAUCCGCUCCAUCAUUCCACAACCUCCACUCCACCGUUGCCCCCCGUACCACAGCUUUAUUUUUUACUGCUCGCGAUUUAUCCACUGGCACACGAUACUUCUUCUCCGGUGCUAAUGACUGUGGAUCAGUCGCUAAUCUCAUGAAGCUCGACAACACUGUCUUGGAAGCCCAUUAUCAUGCCGAACAUUUGAACGGGCUUGUAUGUUUUACUUCCCACACUAGUCGUUUUGGUAAAAUUUACGCUUUCCUUUUUAACCCUAGUAAGCAUAAGUUUUUCAAACUUCCUGAUCCUCCGGUUUCUUUACCCAAUUACACUGCUGAAGAGAAGGAUACAUGUUACUUGUUUGGGUUUGAUGAAUUAACUAAUGAACACAAGGUUUUGUACAUCACUCUUCAGUUGACUACAAUUGAGAUUAUGAUUUUCUCCUUCUCAAAUUACUCAUGGAGAAAGAUCAAUGUGGAUGUUCCUGUUGGUGUGGCUGUCUGGCGUUGGUGGUUUGGCACCAAAAAGAGUGUUUGUGUCAAUAGCACCGUACAUCUUUUGCUUCAAAAUCCACUUCAAAUUUUGGCAUUUGAUUUAACAACUGAAACGUUUUUCAUUUUUAACAUGCAUCCAGAGGCGGCUCCCGAAACUAUAUCAAAUACCAUAUGUCCAUUUGCACAGUUCGUAAAAAUCAAUGGAUUAUUAGGUGUAGCUUGUUACGAUCCCUCGAUCGUGAACCGAAGAAACAAAAUGGACAUUUGGAUGUUGCAAGAUUAUCAGAAUCGAGUUUGGGUCAGAGAAACCAUUUCGUUCGCUUCCAAGUCUCAGAUCCCUUAUGGGGCACGUGGCCCUUACCCGUUUGAUUCUAUCACUAUGGACGAGAUUAUCUUUAGCCCAAGGGUGUUGUCUGAGAAUUUGAUCAGUGUUCCCAUCUAUAACAUGAAGACUAGAUGUUUUAAAUCAAUUGAACUCACUCUUGGUCAUCGAUUUCUAUCCCCAAAAUCGGUGAGGGUGGAGGAAAUCAAGUGUUAUGUUGAAAGCCUCAUUCCCUUACAGAACUAG